AUUCAGAUUGUUGUUCCUUCUAGUCAUGUGCUUCACCUGCUUCUAUGUCAAGUCAUGAUAAAUCAAAGAAGAAAAGAGAUAGAAUAGAAAUGGAAGGAGAUGAUAGUUUGAUGGACAUGGAAAGACCAAUAAAGAAGAUUCAUAUUAAACCAAUAGAACCUCCGCCCAGGCCAAAACCUGAACCUGAACCUAAACCAAAGGCCAAGAAGAAACCUAAAGCUGAUCCUACAGCAUUACAGCUUUGCCUGGAGAAUCUUCUAACCAUUAUCCAAAGAAAAGACGUUCAAGGUUUCUUUGCUUUUCCUGUUAAUGAUGCCAUAGCUCCAGGAUACUCCAGAGUCAUUGAGAAACCUAUGGAUUUCAGUACWAUAAGAAACAAAAUUGACAGUGGACAGUAUACAACUAUUGAAGGUUUCAGGGAUGACUUUCAUUUGAUGUGCAACAAUGCUACAAUAUAUAAUGCACCAGACACCAUCUACUACAAGGCUGCCAAGAGACUUCUACUGAUAGGAGACAAAAUGAUGACACAGGUAUCCUGAAUAUACUAUCAAUAUAUCCUCGGCAAGCAA